AUGCAGCACUCGCAGCUGGGCCCUCUGCCAUCCGACCUCCCCUUCAGGGUUGUGUCCAAGACCAUUGGCAGAGGGGCAUAUGCAUCAAUCAGGAAGGCCGUUCCUCUUGAGGCACCGACACCAGUCUUUGCCGUCAAGUUCAUUCACAAGGACUACGCAAUCAAAAAUGGCCGCAUCUCAGCUAAGCAGAUCGCCAUGGAGGUAUCGCUCCACUCCCAUAUCGGCCAACACCCAAACAUCAUCGAGUGGUUCGCCACAGGGGAAGACGCCGUCUGGAGGUGGAUUGCCAUGGAGUUUGCCGACGGCGGAGACCUCUUCGACAAGAUCGAGGCCGACAAGGGCGUGUCUGGGGACAUCGCCCAUGUCUAUUUCUUACAGCUCAUCAGUGGCGUUAGCUUCAUGCACUCCAAGGGCAUCGCACACCGCGACUUGAAACCGGAGAACAUCCUGCUCUCUGACACUGGCAACCUAAAGCUCGCGGAUUUUGGUAUGGCAACUCUGUUCCAGUACAAAGGCAAGACGAAGGAGAGCUCGACCAUGUGUGGCAGCCCGCCGUAUAUUGCUCCGGAGGUGCUCCGCUGUGCGUCUGGCGACAAGUCUAUGAAAUAUCGCGCCGACUUGGUCGAUAUAUGGUCAUGCGGCGUCAUAUUAUUUGUGCUUCUGGUCGGGAAUACACCUUGGGAGGAGCCGACCGAGAAGAAGUGGGAGUGGCGCGAAUAUAUCCGGACCAACGGUCGAAGUACCGACGAGUUGUGGGAGAGAGUGCCACCCGAGGCCUUGUCUCUCUUGCGCGGCAUGAUGAACGUCGAAGUCGAAAAGCGCUUCACUUUCGCGCAAAUACGACAGCAUCCUUGGUACACCCGACGCAACGAACUUCUCACCUCGGACGGCAGGGUCUUGGACCCAAUACAGCUGGCUACUCAGAUGCUUGCGAACCUGCGUAUCGACCUCACACAGCAGCCUACCCCGUCCCAGAGGGCAAACGCGGACUUCAUGGAACUAGAUAGCCAGCCCACGGCCGCCGACUUCACGGCCAAGUUCUCGGCAACACAGCCAGAGACACCCAUCAAUGAUGUUGCAUUUGACUGGGAAAGGCCGGCCCUGCGGUCCAUCAAUGGAGGCAUCUCAGCGACUCAGCCCACCGUGGAUGCUAACAUCUCCGUCGGCAGACCAAGCCACUCGCUCGACGUACUCGCAGACGAACCGACCAUGAGUCAGUUCAGCCAGGCACCUGGCGUCCCUAUCAGCUUAACGCAGCAUGCGCGUCGCUUCAGGGACAUUGUGCCUUCCUACUCACUCACGCGCUUCUACUCCCAUAUGCCGGCACAACUGCUAGUCCAGAUGCUUAGUGACGCAUUACACCAGCUCAACGUCCCGCUGCAACCUCCGGCAGUGAAUCUGCACUCUAGGGACCAUAUUACUACUUUGAAGGUGAAGACGGUGGACGGGCGAAACCAGAGCCUGCACGGCGAGAUAAUGGUGGACAUGUUCAUGAUACCCGACGGCUCCGGCGCGGAGCUGCUCGAGGUGCGGUUCGUCAAGAUCAAGGGCGACCCGCUGGAGUGGAGGCGGCUGUUCAAGAAGAUCGCGCUGCUUUGUAAAGAUGGCAUUUACAAGAAUGAGUAG